AUGGCUUCCAUCACAACAGACGCCAUAGACUUCACGCUCAUGGCUGAGGCUCAACGAUCGGAUGGCGAACUCCCCCAAUACCGCCACGAGGACUCUUCUUUACGCCUUCAAGAUGUCCCCCUUCCCACUGGCACAGGCACCAUCACGUGUGACCUUUCUACCGGACACGAACGUCCUUUUGUUCCAGCAACUUUACGACGACGAGUGUUCAACGCUCUUCACAAUCUGUCCCACCCUGGGGUUCGGGCGACGGUGAAACUCAUCACUGACCGAUUCGUCUGGCCCAACAUCAACCGGGAUGUACGGCGUUGGACCCGAUCCUGUCUACCAUGUCAACGAGCCAAAACGCAUCGGCAUACUAUUACUCCGCCAGGUACUUUCGCCACUCCUGAUGCACGCUUCAGUCAUGUGCACAUUGACCUGGUAGGUCCGCUGCCACCAUCUAGCGGUUCUAUCUACAUGCUGACAUGCAUUGAUCGCUUUACUCGGUGGCCGGUUGCUGCGCCCAUUCCGGGCAUCAGUGCCGAAAUCGUUGCAAAAGCUUUCCUGACUCAUUGGGUGUCCAAUUUUGGAGUUCCUGCGACUGUCACCACUGACCGCGGAUCCCAAUUCGAGUCCACGCUGUUUCGCGAACUCACAUGCCUUCUCGGCACCAACCGAAUCCGAACAACAGCGUACCACCCUCAAGCAAAUGGUCUCGUCGAACGCUUCCAUCGACAGCUUAAGACUUCCCUUAUGGCCCAGCCCGAUCCUUCCCGAUGGUCUGAUCACCUUCCCCUGGUGCUGUUGUCCCUCCGUUCCACUCUCAAGGCCGACAUCGGUUGCACUGCUAGGUUAGGUUCUUUGCAAAAAACGGUGUAGAAGGGGCUCCACCAUUAACGGAGAAAUUUACCGUAUAUACGGCGCGAGCUCAGGUGCGAAUGUUAUAGUUUAGGUGAGGAAAGCUGAGCUAGGCAUGUCAAUGUUCGUUUUGCUUGAUAUUGACAUCUAGAUCACCAUUUGUAGAUAAAUAAUUCCAGGUAAAUAGGGGCAACACACGGAUUAGAACUCGAAACAAAGGAUUAUCUAAUCCAAAUACACCCAUCACAUAAACCAACUGGGGCCAACUUUUUGAAAAGAGUGUCCUUUUCUUCAGGUUUUAAGCAGCCUGAGUAUAGUCAUUAAUAUGAGCUCUCCGAAUGGCCGUAAGCAAUAUCUUUACCUUCUUUCAUGAGAAAAUUGCCAGAUUUGAUUGUAAAUGCUUAUUUGAGUCGUACUUCGUUCUUCUCUGGUUUUCGAUCUAAUGAUCUUAUCUGCUACAUGAAGGACCCUUCCAAAAGUAAUUCUCGUCUUGAUCUCUUGUCUUGACUCCUAGAACUAAAUGGCAGUCAUAAGUGGACGCAAAUCGUAACCAUAGAAGAUGCUGGCUUCGUCAAAUACUACUAAUCACGGGUUCAGGUUGACUGUAUCAACUAUUUUUCCCAGUUCGCUGAAGAGUAGUGCCCGCCGCCUGUCCUGCUGAUUACACUGCUGCGAUGUGGUGGCCAUGAUGUUACCAACUGGGGGAAAGCGCUCGUUACAGAGGGGGAGGGGGGCAUGCGCAGCGUUUUCGACUUGAAAAAACCUCGACUGACAUAUUUAGCGGACUUUUGAACGGAAACUCAUGCAACUCCUUCAAAACUGGAUACAUAAGGUCCAAAGCUGACUGCCGGCUGAUAUGAGAAACUGAAAGUUUACACAGUUUUAAAUAAAAGCGCAGCUAAGACACGUCCGAAGUUCUGUUGGGCAGGUAACGGGGACGCUAGUUUCAUUAUCUAAUGCUGGGGCUUACGCGCAGUAAACUUGCGGAAAAGGCUCGAAGCCAACUUUUCAAAUGGUUGUGCUUUGUUAAAGCUAGUUUUCGCGUGAGUUUGGUUCCCAAUUUUAAAAGUGUAUUUUGAUUUUUCGACCAGCUGAACUUGAAGCAAACCAAGUAUAAGUCGGUUACGAGCAGUGCGACAUUUUGUGGACCAAAUCCAGGGAAGUUAUUAAUUUUAUUUGUGUAGUUUUACAUCCGAUUUUAACCAAUUUGUAAAAUUUGCUGACAUUGUAACGUGCAGCUCUAUGUGAGGUAAGCCAAAUGACCUCAGUAGUCCCUAUUAAAUAUGUAGGUUUCCGGAGGUUUUCACAAAAUUCCCAUAUUCUACGAGCGCUUGAUACCGCGCGAAUACGUAGUUUUUAGCAGGCGGGGUAAGCAGGGCUUGUCACAAUUCUUUCCUACAUUAUGGCCAUCUUCUCUGAAUGCGACGGCUCUAGCCCUAAUCUGUCAUGAAACAGGAUCCCUAGAAUGACAUUCAGUCGUUGGGCCCAGUUGUUUAUAACCUGCAAAAUUAGAGGCAACCCUAUGCGCCCCAGCGCAGCUGUCGUUUAAAUGGGCCGGAGCGCGUGCACAACUUCCGCUAGUAAUCUAGCGAGACGGAACACCUUGUGCACGAUUUGAUUAUUAUGCUGAGCAGAGAAGAGGCAACACCUGAUUUGGCUUUUUCCUGUCCUCCGCCUCCCUACAAACCCAACGCUUCGCUCCCUAUGACCGCCGCCGCCCUGCGCAGACGCGAGUCAACAUUUCCCAGCCUUGAAAUUGCCCAAUCAGUUGCCUGCGUCCUUCGGCCGGAGCCAAUCGUUCAGAAGGAAGAGUUGAACCAAUAA